AUGCGUUGCUAUUGAAUUUUUUUAGUGUUUUUGAAAAGUAAAAACAAAAGCAGAGCCAAGCCAGCAGCCGCGGACUGGUUCCCUGUCUGGAGUGGAUGAGCCUCUCCAUGAGAGAUCCGGUUAUCCCUGGGACAAGCAUGGCCUAUCAUCCGUUCCUACCUCACCGGGCGCCAGACUUCGCCAUGAGCGCGGUACUGGGCCACCAGCCGCCUUUCUUCCCCGCGCUAACGCUGCCUCCCAACGGCGCCGCGGCGCUCUCCCUGCCCGGAGCCCUGGCCAAGCCCAUUAUGGAUCAGUUGGUGGGGGCUGCUGAGACCGGCAUUCCUUUCUCAUCCUUGGGACCCCAGGCUCACCUGAGGCCUCUGAAGACCAUGGAACCCGAGGAGGACGUGGAAGACGACCCCAAGGUGCACCUGGAGGCCAAGGAACUUUGGGACCAGUUUCACAAGCGGGGUACAGAGAUGGUCAUUACGAAGUCGGGAAGGCGAAUGUUCCCUCCAUUUAAAGUGAGGUGCUCUGGGCUGGAUAAAAAGGCCAAGUAUAUUUUAUUGAUGGACAUUAUAGCUGCUGACGACUGUCGAUACAAAUUUCACAAUUCUCGGUGGAUGGUGGCCGGUAAGGCAGACCCUGAAAUGCCCAAGAGAAUGUACAUACACCCGGACAGCCCCGCUACGGGGGAGCAGUGGAUGUCCAAAGUCGUCACCUUCCACAAACUGAAACUCACCAACAACAUAUCGGAUAAACACGGAUUUACUUUGGCCUUCCCAAGCGAUCACGCAGCGUGGAAGGGGAAUUAUAGUUUUGGGACCCAGACCAUACUCAACUCUAUGCAUAAGUACCAGCCCCGGUUCCACAUCGUCAGAGCCAAUGAUAUCUUAAAACUGCCGUACAGUACAUUUCGCACAUACCUGUUCCCGGAAACGGAAUUCAUUGCCGUGACUGCCUACCAAAAUGACAAGAUAACUCAGUUAAAAAUAGACAACAACCCUUUUGCAAAAGGUUUUCGUGACACUGGGAACGGCAGGAGAGAAAAAAGAAAGCAGCUCACCCUGCAGUCUAUGAGGGUGUUCGAUGAGAGACACAAGAAGGAAACAGGGACUUCAGACGAGUCCUCCAGCGAGCAGGCAGCCUUCAACUGCUUCGCCCAGGCCUCCUCUCCGGCUGUGUCCACUGUGGGGACAUCCAACCUCAAAGAUCUGUGCCCCAGCGAAGCCGAAAGUGACGCCGAGGCCGAAAGCAAGGAGGAGCACGGCCCUGAGGCCUGUGAUGCCGCGAAGAUUUCCACCACCACCGCCGAGGAGCCAGGCCGAGACAAGGGCAGCCCGGCCACCAGGGCUCAGCUGUUCCCCGCGGAACCCGGCCGAGCCCGAGACACCGCGCGCCUGGACAAGGCAUCGCCGGAUUCGCGCCACAGCCCGGCCACCAUCUCAUCCAGCACGCGCGUCCCGGGAGCCGAGGAGCGCAGGAGCCCCGGACGCGAGGGUCCAGGUGCCACUAAAGUGGAUGAGGUUCGCUCGCUGCCCGCCAAGGACGCCUUCGCGCCACUGUCAGUGCAGACGGACGCGGCCGCGCACCUGGCUCAGGGGCCCCUUCCAGGCUUGGGCUUCGCCCCAGGCCUAGCCGGCCAGCAGUUCUUCAACGGGCACCCUCUCUUCUUGCACCCCGGCCAGUUCGCCAUGGGCAGCGCCUUCUCCAGUAUGGCUGCAGGCAUGGGGCCCCUGCUGGCCACAGUAUCCGGGGCAUCCACCGGCGUCUCAGGCCUGGAUUCCACAGCCAUGGCCUCGGCUGCCGCAGCGCAGGGACUGUCCGGGGCGUCGGCUGCCACCCUGCCCUUCCACCUUCAACAACACGUUCUGGCCUCCCAGGGCUUGGCUAUGUCGCCUUUUGGGAGCCUGUUCCCUUACCCCUACACAUACAUGGCUGCUGCAGCUGCGGCUUCCUCAGCAGCCGCCUCCAGCUCCGUGCACCGCCACCCGUUCCUCAACUUGAACAGCAUGCGCCCCAGGCUACGUUACAGCCCCUAUUCCAUCCCGGUUCCAGUGCCUGACAGCAGCAGCUUGCUGGCCACUGCGUUGCCAUCCAUGGCUUCGGCCGCGGGGCCCCUAGACGGCAAGGCAGCCGCCCUGGCGGCCAGCCCGGCCUCGAUGGCCGUGGAUUCGGGUUCGGAACUGAACAGCCGCUCGUCCACGCUGUCCUCCAGCUCAGUGUCCUUGUCACCCAAACUCUGCUCAGAGAAAGAGGCGGCUACCAGUGAACUGCAGAGCAUCCAGCGGCUGGUCAGCGGCUUGGAAGCCAAGCCGGACAGGUCCUGCAGUGGGUCCCCUUAAAAACAAAAACAAAAAACAAAACAAAACAAAAACCGCUCCCCCAAGGUCUCUCCAUUCCAGUUCGGUCAAAUCUGCCAGUGCACUUUGUUGGAUGUAAAAUAAACCACAGACCUUCCACUGGGGUGAUUCCCCAUCCUUCAGUUUUGUCUGGGAAGGAGCACCAGGCUCCCUCCAGAGAAUGCGCUAGAGACCACAGGCCUUGUCUUGCGCUGUGGAAGCAGGCUGCUGUUGCUUUGAGACGCGUUGGUGGGGUUGGGGGGAAACUGGCUUUUGUGUCUAGAGCGACUUCAGUGGAGGCUGGUGUGAAAGUUGGGGCUGAAGAACGAGGUAGCCACGGGCCGGCCUGCCCUGUUUGAGACACUACACCCAAAUCUCUUUCCCCUUCGUGUGUCAAGCGGAAACAAAAAUAAUUUUUUCCCUAAACAAACUAACAAACAAACCCAAACCGGGGACAGAUCAAGUCCCGUAGAACUGUCUAUGAAGACUUAAAUUGCUAAGUACCUUUACUGGGGAAGGGAGAAGCCCUUGCCUGGUCUAUGUUAAAGGAAUCCUGUGUCUUUUUAAUAUCCUGAGGUUUUAAAGGAGGGAUACCCGUCCUUUUUUGUUUGUUUGUUUGUUUUUGCAUGUUAGAGUUUUCUGGGUUUUAUUUGUUGAUGUUUUUUUGGCUUUUACAGAAAAACAACAAAACCCUGCCAUCCUCAACCCUGCUCAAACUGGCAGCCCCGAGGAAGUAGGGGUGGAGUGGGGUAAAGGGAAGCAAUGGGGUUGGAAUCCACUGAGUUUAUUUUAUCUGUUUUAUCUAAGCGCUGUAGAGGGCUUCGUGUGCCCAUCCGACCAUUAGUUUUCUCAACUGUAUAUGCAAUAACAAGGUUUUAAAAGAAAUAAUAAAGAGGAAACACGACUAUUGGACAAAGUAUUUAUGUAAUUAUUUGAUAUCUCUUGUAAAUAGGUGGAAUUAUGACCGCUCAGAAAGUUAAACUUUAAUUUAUUGACUUGUACAUAGCUGGAUGUAAAUAGAAGUGUGUCUGUCAGGUUUUAUUCUUGUUUUGCCUUUUGCUUUUUAUUUCCAGGUCAGGAGAUGGCUAAUUCACACUAACGAGCGUAGACUUCUGGACCUCCAUCUAAUGCUUUCAAAUAGAGCUGGCUGCAAUUUUAAUUGUU